GUACGCCCGGUGACAUGGAUUCGCAAAGCCGGAAUAUCUGCGACUCAAGCGUGUCUGAACAGAACUCCACCAAUAACAGAGCCGAGUCCGAACGUCCCCCCAGUUCCGAAGAACAGGAACGAGAGGAAACAUCAGAUGAAUUUGGAGAUUUAUUCGAACUGCCGGUUGAAAUAACGGAGAGACGUCCCACAUGUUUGAGAUGCGGCCGCCCUCAGAAAGUGUGUCUGUGCCCGUUUCUGCCGGCGCGCCCCCUAGAGGUGAACACGCGCCUCUACAUUGUGCAGCACCCCGCGGAGGAGAGUCGAGCGCUGCGUACCGUCCCUCUUCUGGCAGCUUCUCUCCCCCCAGGAAAGUGCACGGUCCUCGUCGGGAGGCGGUUCAGUGAAGAGCGGAACCCUGAGUUAGGUGCAGUGUGUCGUAACCCCGCCACGCUGAUCCUGUACCCUGGGCCUGACGCGGUUAACUUGGAAGAUGUGGAGACAGAUCCGUUGGGCACCACUCGCACCGUUGUCAUCAUCGAUGGGACGUGGAGCCAGGCCAAGGACAUGUUCCACAGGAAUGCCCUCUUCCGCAUGCCCAAACAGGUGCAGCUGAAAAGCUCUCCAUUCAGCCAGUAUGUGAUCCGGACCCAACCCACCAACAUGUGCCUCUCCACCCUGGAGUGUGCCGCAGCGGCCCUGGCCAUCAUGGAGAAGAACCAAGCCAUAAAGGAGCAACUGCUGCGGCCCCUCCGGGCUCUGUGCGCCUUCCAGCUGCAGCACGGUGCCCAGGUACAUGACAGCAAAGAGCAGCUGCUCCGCACGGGCAGGUACGACAAGCCCAUGCCCAAGAACAAGCGCAAGAUCAAGCGCAUGGAGCGGCUCAUCUCCAGCCAGAACAUCUAGAGGGUAUCUAGGUCAGGGCUUCUGGAACCUGCUUUUGCAUUCCCUCACGGCACAGCUGUCUGGGGGAUGAUCCGGGUGCCGUGAAGAAUGGCACUGGCCACUUGAAGGUCUCAGGGUUAUAGAUGUGGAUGGCGUACGCACCUACCUUAAGUUUCCAUCAAACGCACAAACGUAUUUGGACAUGGUACACCAAACGUGUAUGCAUUUGUUGCCGUUUUCCCUCUGAAGAGGUAGAUUUUUUUU